GUGACGGCAUGAGGUCUACGAUUUGUGUACUUCUUUGGUUCGGAGCCAUUGCAGCGAUUGAAGGGAAUCACACGCAUCUGCUGGAGACUUCUCUGGAGGACCGGCUUUUGUCCCGGAAGGUGCGGGGUUUGGUUUUUCCGGACAAGGCUUCUGUUCUGCUCACCGCCGCCUUAACCAAGCUCAUUUUGGGCGGUCGACCUAGUGGCCUUCAGUAUAGUCUGGAGUUUGAUAUGUACGUUCCCGUUCCGGACACCAUUGAGGGCUGGCAGCCGAAGAUCUUGAAGAGGCCCAAGCCUACUCCAAAACGUCGCUAUGAUUGGUCAUAUUACAAAAGACCAGCAAGCUACUAUCCAUACUACUCGGGACCGUAUCCAAACUCGUUCUACAAAAGUUAUAGACCUGCAAUGAAUAGGGGUUCCUUCUAUCAAACCAAUAACAGUCCUGCUAUAAGUAGAAAUACAUUCUACCAAACCUCCUUCAAUCGAAAGAACUUGUUUCAACCUAAUAAAGACAUCUAUAAAACGAGUUCUGCCUUAAAUAGGGAUUCAUUUUAUCAAAGCCCAUGGUCUUUAUCUUCAACUGGCAAUCGAAGGAACUUCUAUCAACCCGAAGAAGAGGUCUAUGAAUCCUGGUCCCAAGUGCCCAGCUGGAAGUUAAAUCGAGGAUAUAGGGAGCGCCGAGAAAUCUUUGAUCAAUUCGAGGCCAUGGGAAAAGUUUUCCAGAUAGAUCUAAGGUCUUGUAUAAAAAGAGCAAUGUGUGAGCUUAGAGCGAAGUUAAAUUCAGGCCAUGAUCAGGGAUUUCUCAUGGAGGAUCUAAUGCGAAUUGUACUCACAGUGCCUGAUGAGGUGGCCGACGAUAAGUACCGACAUCGCAUGGAUGUCCAGGAUUGUGCCCGCUUCUACUCCCCGAGUUGUCCUUAUAAAGUUUUGGAUUUCCUUACCCAGAGUGCCACAAAAAUGUGAACUUAGUAAACUGAGAAGUGAA